AUGUCAAAGCAAUAUGAUGAGACAGGAUUCUCAGCUCCUAUUGGUCCAGAUUCUACCUGCUCUGAGCUUGUUGGAUUUUUAAAGCCUGUUAUAGAAGAAAGCGUUGGGAAAAGCUAUCGUUGGAUGAAGUGCGCUGAAUAUAGAAAGCAAGAUAUUUAUGGAACCAAUUACAAGAUUAAGGUCAGAACAGCAGAUGAUGAGUACAUGCAUUUGCACGUUUAUAAGCCUCCAAACCGUCCAGCUCAGCUUAAUUACUUGGAGAGAAAUAGAACAAGAGAAGAAUCUUUAGGUCUUCCAUUUGAUCUUACAAGCAUCAGGAAUUUCUAA